AUGCCACCCACUACAACUCUCUCACUCUUCAGCUCGCUGCUCCUCGGCGCCUCGGGGGUCGCAGCCCACAGCCGCAUCACCAACAUCGUCGUCGACGGCGUCCUCUACGACGGCUACAACCCCAAAGUGCCCACCAACCCGGAAGUGCUCGUCGCGUGGAGCACGACGGUGACGGACGACGGCUGGGUCAACUUCGAGGACUACCGCAGCCCCAACAUCGUCUGCCACCGCGACGCCGCGAACGCGCAGGGCUACGCCCCCGUGGCAGCCGGCAGCAACGUCGACGUGCAGUGGCAGGGGUACCCGGAGUCGCACAAGGGCCCCGUGCUGACGUACCUGGCGCGCUGCGGCGACUCCCCGGGCGCGUGCGCGACGGUCGACAAGACGGGGCUCGCCUUCUUCCUCAUCGACUCGGAAGGGCUGAUCGACCCGGACGUCUACUCGGACCCGCACUCGCUGGCGCCGGGGUACUGGGCCAGCGACCUGUUCCGGGAGAACAACUCGAGCCGGGUGGUGCAGAUCCCCGAGGACCUCGCGGCCGGGCACUACGUGCUGCGGCAGGAGCUCAUCGCGCUGCAUUACGCCACGCUGCCGGAUGUGGGGCCGCAGCACUACCCGCAGUGCGUCAACAUCGAGGUCGUCGGCGGCGGGGACGUGCGGCCGGCGGGGCUCAGGGCUUCGGAGCUGUAUCACUGGGACGGAGGGCUAGAGGAAGGGGAGGAGGUGGAGGCGGACCCUGGGCUGGAUUAUGAUAUUUCGACGUCGCCGUUGGCGGAGUAUACGGUGCCUGGGCCGACUUUGCAUAGCGGUGCGGCGACGAGUGUGGAGCAGACGUUGUCGACGGUGACGAGCUCGGCGAGUGCUGUGCCUGAGGAAAGCGAUGCGAGGGAGAAGGCGAAGGCGAGGGCGAGGACACUGAGAACGGAGGUGAGGGCUGAGCCCACGCCAGUGUGA